AUGGGACAGUCCGAGUCCACAAUAACUUCCCCCCCCAAAGGCACCUCGAGCAAUCCACUCGAAGACGGCGGAGCGUCCGCGUCCUCCUCCUCCUCCUCCUUCACCACUCGCCAACCCCGGACCGCUACGAAUCUCACGAUGUCGCCCCCCCUUUCUCCUCAACCUCGUCCCAGCGGAGGAACCAAUUCCCAUUGGGAAACUUCCGAAACCGGCGCCUCCCAGGGUUCGGACGGGGAAGUCGUCUGCCACGCCUGCGGCUUUGAAGCCUCUUACGUUCCGGAAGGUAUGUUGCACUGUGAACGCUGCCGGAACGUUUCCUAUUGUUCCCUACAUUGCCAACAGUGGGAUUGGACGUCGGGCGGACACUCCGAUCUCUGUGUCGACGCUCGGUCAACGGCUCACGAAGACAGUACCACCGGGAGUGCCAGCAACAACAACAGUGGCAGUGGAACUACUCGUCCCUCGGAGGAUUCCACCCUCGUCUCCAUGGAUAUAGCCAACGUAUUCGGACCCCGAAGUGUCGGAUCUGCCUCCACUCCCGCACCCGCCCCCGUGAAUCGAGGUGUCCAGCGGAGACCGGAAACGAAGGAAGGCGGCCUCGGGGCCUACCUCCACGCGCACACCCCGCGUACCACCCCACCAACUCCACUCGCAUCCCGGUACAAUUCUCCCAACGACCAGGACCUCGACGACGAUGAUCCGAACGAGGGGUCCAUUGUAUUAGUAUCGGACUCGGAAAGUACCGACAUUCUCGGAAUGAUUCAGGAAGAAUCCGAAGGAAACGAAGAACCGGAAUUGCAAGGUUCCUGGCGAUCACGGGACAAUCCGUUCCACAAAUCCGCUUUGGGAGAAACCUCGUACGACUCGGAACGGGACGAACGGGAACUCAUUCUCGCCACGGCCCCCGCUGCGACGGUCCGGGACGCCCACGAACACGCUCAAAACAACAACAAUAACACCGUCACCGCAACGGCAUCUUUCGCCAGCCCUCAACGAGAUUCGCUCAAGGCCUUUCGGGCCGUAGCGUCCGAAACCACCAACGUAGAGAGCCACGGCAAACAUAGCCUCAAAGGCUUUCGACACGCCUACGAUGAUGCCCCGUCGAAAGAAAAGAUCGCUUUCUCACACACACUCAUCCGCCACAGUGAUACGGCCGAUGACACCAUGAGUACCACAGGAUCUCAUCCUGGCCAAGUGAAUGAGGCUACUGCGAACAGGACAAACCAGAACGCGACCGCCGUCACGAAUUUGGCCCUCAAAACUAGCAUCAACAAAGCUUUGCGAGAUUUCGAACGCUUGUAUGGAGAGGAAGCCGCACAGCUGGCUGUAUUGCAACUCACCCAAGGUCUAAUUACUGAAGACGACGUUAUUGAACAAGCCAGUCAAAGUCCGGACGAGUCAGAACAGUACAAUGAAACCACAACCGAGUCUGGGGACUCAUCCCCAGCAGAUCCGAAAAGUUCACCAACGAUUGUAGACCAGAGCCUGUCAAGUUGGGGCUUGUCCGGCAUAGCGUCGACUGAGGGGUUGGACAAGCCAUCCGCGCACAGCACAUCGUCCCUGAUCACAGAAAAUAUGUCUCGGGACUCCAAAAAUGCUGCUACCUUAUCGUCAUCCUCGUCGUCGCAACAGAAUGCGUUGGCCUUUGCAAGUCCUCAUUCCGUUGGGGCCACCACCACAGCCGCAUCUACGGCUCCGCUUUUGACACCCGCUGAGCCAGAAGACGAAAGUGCUUGCAGUGACGGAUCCUUGUGCACACCUACUGAAUCGUCGGUACAAGCAAAGCCAUUUACGGUCCAUACCCCCCGGUAUCUUCAGUACCGCAAUUCCUUGUCCAAAUCUACCGCCAAAAGUGGUUUGCCAGGAACGACAGCUGUAAGAGUUGCACACGACAGUGAUACAAUUAAAACCCAGGAUACAAAGAAUCGUGCAAACCGACAAAAGGAGCCUACCCAGAACGGAGCUGCCUUGGUCGGUGAAAUAAUAGAAGGUGCCGCUGCCGUGGGCACCAAAAGGACACUUAGCCCCAAUGACCCACCAGAGCAGCUAAGGGAAGCGUCACGAGUCGUGCCGCCUCCUGCGAUUGUGGCGACUCCGACGGAGACGUCUAACCAAGAUUUUCCACCGUCUAUUCAUGAAGAGAAGAUCGCAUUAUCCAUGCCCCGUUACCUGACGUAUCGCUCGUCGCUGGCCAGAUCAGUCGACAGAAAAAGCUUUUCUGUCCAGCUUUCUGCGCAAGAACUUGAAUCCUAUGAAGUUGGCCAGUUAAGAAUGCCGGGCAAUGGAAAACACAAUAAUUCCGAUGUUCCGGCGGUAGUCGCUACGGUUCAGGACAACAUACAUGAAACGGAAAGGGCCAAGACGGCGACGGUAGCUGCCGAGAUGUCGAGCAAUUACGAACUGGGGAAUAAUGAAUUCAGGCAAUCUUUGUCUCCAUCGCAGGUAGAAGUUGAGGCUAAUAAGAUGAGCGAUAGUACAGGACUUGCCGAUGCUAUUGGCGGAAUUGCAGCCUUGGGGUCGGGGGCUGUUGCUCUGGCAAGCACGAAGAAAAAUUCUGACAAUAACCAGGUAAUAUCCAAUGUGUUGCUUGCAGAUUCAGAGCUGGGUCUGGAAUCCCAGAUGGUGCCGAUCAUGCGAAAACUGUCACCGAAUGCUAUUAAGGAAGGGGCACCGUCUCGUGCGGAGAGCUUUUACUCUCGCUAUCGGGCCUCGUUGGCUCAGAGACUUUCCCAACUCUUUAUUGUAGAAGAUGCGAUGUUGUCUGGCGAUGACUCGGACGAUUCUUUGAAUGCCGACGAAGAGCGAGAACUCACAGACCAGCUUUCUUCGUAUUUGGAGAAGGGGAAUUCCAAAAGAACCAUUGAAGAGAAUGCAUCUCGACCCGGCGCUUUGGGACACAAGAGCUACGAUGGAAUGAACAGCUCCUGGAGUGGUUUCGACGAAGAAAAUUCUGUGGACGCAAACAUCGACGGCUCUCGCAGCAGCGAAGUCUGCGAGCGAAAAUUUCAGACAGCCUUGGUUACUGACGCGGGUGCAAUCAAUUUGCGAGAAGCUCGAGAAAGCGCUCGAGCUGAACAAGCUCGAAAAAUUGAGCUUGCCAGAUCAAGCUCCAAACAAGUCAUGUACCAGUCCGUAUCUCAAGACUCGAAACCCUCCAAAAUGACAGAGAGGCGCGCAGCUCCUCUCACAGUAACCAGGAAUCAAGAAAGUUAUAGUGAGAAGCGGAUAAGCCGAAGCAAUUCCAGCUCUUCUGUAGAAGAUGCUGAGACUGCGUUAUCUGCAAAACGAAGAGCGCCAGCCCCCAUCAGUAGUCAAUGUUUUGCUCCGAAAGUAGCAGAGUACAGAAAUCGGAAACGUUGUGCGAUGCUCGGCUUCAUUUUCCUUCUCGUGGUACUUCCUCUCGCAAUUGGACUUGGGGUUGGACUUCGUGGAAGCAAUAAAAAUCGCUCGACUAACUUUCUACCAGACACACAACCCCCAGCAGGAUCAAACCCAACUCCCUCGCCUGACACGCAAGAACCUACGAAUUUUCUGCGUACGCGGGCGCCCUCGCAGUCAACGGACGAUACACCAGGAUCACCGACCAUUAAUGCUCCUACGCAAAGCCCAACAGCUCCACGAAUGGAAACCCCCAUCGUUUUGCCAAUUGAAUCUCCUUCACCUUCCAAUCUCAACCCGGUAUCUUCGUUGGUUCCCUCCAUCGCGCCCACUCCAACAGUUUCUCUAUCAAACGCUCCUAAUAUCAUGGAUUCAUCCCAAGCCCCAACGGUACUGUUGCUAAACCAAGAGCUCUUCAGGAUGCUAAGCGAUUUGUCUGAGGACAAUGGAGCAAGCAUCCUUCGCCCCUUCACACCGCAGCGCCGAGCGUUCGAAUGGCUUGCAUCUACUUCAGACCUCGACACUUUGUCCAACACACGAAAGGUUCAGCGAUUUUCUUUGUCUGUGUUCUUUUUUACUUCGAAUGGUAGCCUUUGGCGUAACAAUUCUGGAUGGCUAACAGAAAGUGAUGAAUGCACAUGGUACUCGAGGUCUGGGCGCACAACUUGCGAUGGCAGUGGAGUAUACCUGCACUUGGAAUUGGGAGACAACGAUGUGGCAGGAAGAAUUGCCACAGAAAUUGGUUUGUUGACAGGACUUCGACGUUUGGACUUGACAGGUGGUAGUGGAAGUCGCUUGAGCAGCACACUACCAACGGAGCUCGGAGUACUUUCCGACCUUGAGUUUAACAAGUUUGUGACCACUUCUCGAAUCGAUUACCAAAGUUUUACUUGGAUUGCGGAGGUAGUCCCGCCAAGUUGUCUUGCCCGCCAGGAACUUGUUGUACUUACUGCUGCGAAGAAAGCACUGGAUGCGAGAAUAAAUGUGAAAAUUUGUAAACUGAAAAUAGUAAGGGUCAGGAUCGUUGGUGCGCUUGAACCACUAAUGUCUAACAAAAAAGCAAGCCUUGACAUUAAGGUUGACUGUGAAGUGGACGAUGAUGGAGCUAAUUACGAGUGA